UAGGUCAGUGAACAGGCCCUUGUUUGCACGAACGCCUUUUCUGAGCCCCCACAACGGUUGUCCCGCCGGUCCGGACGUUACGAUGGCUGCCAGGCUUCAAAUCAUGGAGAGACUCCACAAGGUCGAUGACCAGUUGGACGUCUACUACCGGUCCAUGGCGAAUUCUUACCAGUGCAUCGAAGCGGAGCUGAGUGCUCUCCUGCGUGACAUUGAGGAGCAGGCAGCAAGGAACGUUAAAGCCGGGGCUCCAAAAUCAAAAAAGAAGUUGAAGCCCAAAGUGAAGCAGGAGAAGCGAUCGUCAGGCCCAGCCAGGCGUUCGUCGUUGCGGCGCACAGUGCGAGCUAGCGCGAGUUUGACCAAGAAGAGCAGUGAACCGCGAAAGGUGAAGGUGGAACCGGUGUCGCCCCCUUCGUCGGACACGGACAUGGGUCAGGAAAACGUGGACCCUCGCGGCGGAGCCUCGGACCAGACGGAGACCGCAGCGGUCGAGACCAUCACACCUGUACAGGCGGCAACCCCGGUGGCGCAGACAUCUUCUCGGUUGCAAGGGACGCCCCUCAUGACGCGAUCCCAAACGCGGCAGCUUCAGAACGCCCAAGGGAACGCCCAGCACACGGUGCCAGACAGUCCCAAGGCCCCGCCAUGGGCGUUGCCGAAGGCAAUGCGAGCCCUGCAGCUCGGCUCGCCUGCUAAACACACUCCAACGAGGAUGCGCCAGUUGUUCUCGCCCUAUGCCAAGUGCAGCGUCCAAGAGAAGGUUCGGGCCUUCGAGCAGAAGCUUGUCAAGCAUGUGCAACCAAUCCUGACUCCAUCCAACGGAAAACCAUCAAAGGCUACACCAAAGGCCACCGCAGUUCCCACGCCAGUCGCAACUCCAUCAACCAUUACGCGUAAGGCUUUGAAGAGGAAGUCUUCCUCCGCCGAAAAACGGGUCAUGCGGAGCUCCACGGCGUCGCAGCUGGAGGAGAAUGAGAAGCAGGCUGCCGAAGAUUUGUCGUCGACGUUAACGUCGGGAGGUGAGGACGACAGCGAUUGGCAAGAUUCGCCGGUGGUCAAAAAGUUUGCCCUGCCACCGAGCAGGCCCAAGGUGGCUCGUGGCGACCCCGGAGCUAAGGCAGGCAAGGCCACCUCCAGCAAGGUCCUGGCUGUCCCCAAACCUGGCAUAUCGUCGAUUCAGCUCGUGAAGCCCUCUACGAGCGAGCCUGGAACGGGUCCGCCCUCUCGCCUGAACCCCGAGCAGCCUCGCAAGCGGCUCCACAGCAAGAGCCCGGAUGUGGCGCGCAAGAGGAUUCCCAGCAACAGCUCGGAUUCUGAACAGCAGCGUAAGCAGGGCCUGCUGAAGAUGAAGACCGAAGCCAUGAAGAGGGAUCACGAGAAGAAGCUGGCACAGGUAAAUGCGGCUCGCCAGCAGAGAGAGGCAAGGAGGCUGGAGGCGGAUAAACUUCGAGCACUGAAAGAGCAAGAAAAGGAGGAGGAGCGGCGGAAGAAGCGGGCCGCCUUUCACCAGUGCAAGCAGAGCGAUCGCAGCUUAGACGUCGCAACGCUGGCAGCCACGCACAAGCGGAAAGCGGAGUCUCCCGCCAUGAGCCUCCAUCCCAAGUUUUUGUCCCCUGUGCCAAAGAACCCCAGAAACCACGGCAAACAGGAUGCAGAUGCAGCCAUGCUCAUCUUCGGCCAGCCUAACACGAGCCUAUCUCAGAAGGCGAAGCUGAACAACAGUCUUCAACAGCAGGCAAUGCUGAACAGCCUGUCAAAGAGCUUCAAGAGCCAGGCGUCAUCUGUUGAGGGGGACUCGGCCCCCAAAGCACCCGUCGGCGUGCAAGCGGGCGAGAGCAAACCUAAUGCAGCUGCAAACUCUACAUUCACAAUGAACUCUACGUUCACCGUGGACGCUGUCUGCCCCGACACACCCGUACAAAGCAACUCCUCCAGGCCAAAGUCUACAGCGACCAGCGAGCUUCCUCCGGCACCGAACAAGCAUCCAGACAACUAUGACAUAGAGGACCUCGAUUCGGGGGACGAGACGGACGACGACAGCGAGCCGCACAAGGAAGUGCCAGCCUGGGCAACAUCUCUCCCACUGUCCAGGAUGGUAACGGCGCAGCACCGAGCUCGCCCGGCCGGUUCUCGUAUGUUCGGACAAAUCGAGAACCCGAACCUUGACAAUGUGUUCUCUGUGUCGAAGAAGUACUUCCACAAGAGGACAAGCUCUGCCAUCUGGGCCACCAAGGGGCAUCAACAGUCCUUCUCUGUUGCCACUUGAGGCACCUUGUAUAAACGUGCGAUUACUGGUCACAGCGCAACGCGCGAAAGAGAAAACAAGUGGAAAGGAGGUUGACUGCCCACUAAAUCGCGUCUCGCGCCGUCAAUAUUGCUCUAAAAACUUUUUUUAAGCGUAUAACCAAUUUUUUGACACGCGUGUCCCAACGAAACUGUUAAAAGAAAAUGUUUCUUUUCAGGUGCCCUUUAAACCGCUUUUAUUAUUGUGCGUCCAUCUUUUACCUUAUGAACAACUAAAGGCUGCCUCAGCACGUCCUUUAUACUAUUUUAUACUUCUGGUUCAAAAAUAUAUGCGUUCGAUUUUUUUUUUUCCCCCUUUUUUUGCUUUUGUAUGUGUCUGAAGUCUCUAUGCAGUGCUUGUAGCUAGAUGACAAUAAUAAAGCAUAAAAUUUGGCGCUUUGACUAAGUUGGAGGAACACUUAAGGAGCAUUACCUGUAACCAGGGAUUUAAAGUGUGUUUGAAGGAACCUUUAUUUGAGAGGUUGGAAAGUGAGUAGGGCAGUUUCUAUCCGUUCAAGGUGGAGCAUGAACAGACUGAACCAGAGCUUGAACCGGUUUGGAAGCCGAAGGCAACAAAUUAAUCUUUGCCUUCCCAGUGUGUGUAUGCAGGAGUGUAAUGUUUGUGCAAAUAAUUUGUGGAUUUCUCGGACUAUGAAGCAAAUGGAUCAUGCUAGCCAUAAGGUGCAAAUUUAAAAGCCACUUUAGGCCACCUCUACACUCUGAAUUGUUCAAAGAGUGGGUUGAACGUGUGUUGACUGCCUUAGGCAUAUGAAUCGAAAUGGUGAGGCCUUCCUUGUAGACAUUGGCAAUCCGUUUCAACUCCACCUUCAAAAUUGUGGCAUUGGCUGCAAGCACCACAUUUCUACCACAAAUGCAGAAAGUGUUCAAAGGUGCAUUUGUCGGUUGGUUCAAAUGCUGUAAAAUAUUAACUAUCACCUCAAGGGGCAGUCAACAGAACACUCUUGUUUCGGAUUGUGUCUGGUUUUAGUCGAGCAUUUUAGGCCUUGUUAAACGCUUAAGGGGGGACGCGGCUUUCAACUUGCAAAAAAUUACCAAAAAAUUGUUUUUUUUUAAGUAAAGUUUUUUACUUCUAUGGUUCA